AUGACAAAUGAAAAUGUUUUACAAGCAUGUCGUGAAGAAGUUGAUCGAGUUUUACCAAAUGGUAUAGAACUUACGAAUGAACAUUUACAAGAUUUACUAGUAUGUGAAGCAGUCAUCAAUGAAACACUUCGUCUUUAUCCACCAGCAUCAUUCUUCUCACGUCAAUGUGUACGUGAACACACGAUAGGUACUGAACGUCAAUUACAUAUACCACAAGGUGCGAUUAUCGUUGUCAAUAGUUAUGCUUUUCAUCGUCGAAGUGAUAUGUGGCCUCGAGCACUUGAAUUUGACUAUACUCGAUGGAUGCGUGAUCCUAAAACUGGUCUCAAACCAAAAUUACCUCAUCCAUAUGCUUAUCUCCCUUUCGCUGCUGGACCACGUAAUUGUAUUGGACAAAACUUUGCAUUAUUAGAAGCUAAAAUCAUGUUAGCUAUGUUUAUACAACGAUGUAAUUUCGACUUAGUACCAGGACAAAAGAUUGUACCUGAGAUUAAAAUAACCAUGCGACCAAAAUAUGGAUUAUGGGCUAAUAUUAGUAGACGUGAAAUAUAA